AGUAAUUUUAUGAACGAGAGAGUCAUGGAUCCUUCAAGCCAAGCCAAUGAAGAAGAAGAAGCAGCUUCUAUGCUCUUAGAGAACGUGAUCCCACCAAUUCUUCUGAAGAAAUCAGCAGGUGAUGAUUCUUGUUGCAUCUUUAGGCUCCCUCACACUCUUAGGCGAGUCAACGACACAGCUUAUGCACCCAAGAUCGUCUCAAUAGGACCUUAUCACCGUUCGGAUGAUAAAGAGCAUGAACAUCUCAAGAUGAUCGAGGAGCACAAGAAACUUUAUCUGGAGUUCUUCGUGUCAAAGACCAUGAAGAAGGGCGUCAAUCUAAGUCACUUAGUCGAGGCUGUCUCGGAACUGGAACCUGUCAUAAGAGAUUCUUAUUCCGAGAAUCUUGACCUUAGUAAAGAAAAGCUGACCAAGGUGAUGAUUCUUGAUGGUUGUUUCAUUCUUAUGUUGUUCCUUGUGGUUUCAAAAAAGAUCAAAUACAGAAAACCCAACGACCCAAUUUUCAAGCUGAGAUGGAUACUGCCGACUCUUCGGAGUGAUCUUCUCCUUCUGGAAAACCAGGUUCCUCUCUUUCUUCUUAAUAAGAUUUUAGAGAUAUCAAAGUUAGCUCCAUCCACAAGCUUAAACGAGAUGGCCUUCACAUUCUUCAACCUUUCGUUAAGAAAACCACAAGCCUUCUGGGACAAGCAUAAGAAUAUUCAGGCACACCAUCUUCUUGAUCUCAUUCGUAAGACCUUCAUACCCAUCCGGUCUCCACCAACCACCCAAAGGCAAUGCUGCAUCGAUAUUUCCAGUUGUCCUUGGGAAAAAUCAACACUUCAAAACACUUGUUUAACUAAGAUAUGUCGUUCAAAAGAGAGUAAUGGAGCCCAAACAACACCACCUCCUAGCCCUUUUCUUGGCCUAAUUGUCUCAGCCAAGAAACUUCGACUUCGAGGAAUAAAGUUCAAGCGGAGGAAGAACGUAGACACACCAUUAGACAUAAGUUUCAAGAACGGUUUGCUUGAGAUACCAUUACUAGUCUUUGAUGAUUUUAUAAGCACUGUUUUAAUCAACUGCAUCGCCUUCGAGCAGUUUAAUAUGAAAUGCUCAACGGAGAUUACAAGCUAUGUAAUUUUCAUGGGUUGCUUGAUAAACAUAGAAGAGGAUGCAACCUUCUUAGUCGAGAAAGGGAUCAUAGAGAACUAUUUCGGGACGGGUGAACAAGUUUCUUUAUUCUUCAAGAACAUCGGGAAAGACAUCUCUAUCAGCAUAUCUAAAAGCUAUUUGUCAAAGGUAUUUGAGAGAGUGAACAAGUACACUUCACAAGGAUACCAUGUACAUUGGGCAGGGUUCAAGUACACACAUUUCAACACUCCAUGGGCAUUUUUAUCAUCUUGUGCUGCUUUGCUGCUGCUUCUACUUACCAUAAUUCAAGCCUUCUUUGCAACCUAUGCUUAUUUUCGUCCUCCCAAGAACAAUUGA